CCCUUCUCAUAACCGCAUGUCUACUCUAAUUGGGGUACACUCCGUUUGAAUCAAGUGCCAAAGCUUAUUGCACUGUAUUGUAUCGAUCAGCAGGGCCAUCAAUAUCGUCGUACUGUACACUACGCGCCUUCUCGGGAUGAGAAAAUAUCAGUGACAUGCUCUCCUCUCCUCCCACUCAUCGCCGCUCUCACCUUCUCUCACCACCUCCAUCAGAGGUGGUUUCUCUGGUCCACUUGUUAUUUUCACAACGCCGUUCUUGCCGGAACCCGUCGCUCGCAGGGCGGCUUUGGUCCCCGCUGUCUGUUCGGACAAGCCAUUCGAGCGGUUUCUUUCACAAAAGCCGCAUCCCCAGACGAAGCCUGCGGCAGCUGCCGCUUUCCCGGCUCGCCAGAAUCCGCUCAUUCUAAUCGACGGCCAUGGCUUCCGCCGUCGCCGUGCAAGGGAGCGCAUUGUCCUGCAGCGGUCUGCGCGUCUCACCUCGGCUCGGUUCCAACAACCCAUAUGCCUCCCUCGCCUCAGCCGUUCCUGUGCCGCGCAAGCUCUCCUUAGCCAAAUCCGCUGCUCGUCAAACGCGCCGCGUCUCUGUCAACGCUUCGGCGAAGCUUCCGUCGUCAGAGUCCGAAGAAACUGAAGUUUCCCCUUCGUCCAUUCGUCACGACUCAGUCCCGUCUUCGUCGCUGUUCCCCAGCCUCCCGUCCUCGUUAACCGACGCAACCACCGCUCUUCUCGACGCCUUCAAAGCCGCGUUAAAGCCGGCGCUCGCAGCCCUCCUAAUCUCCGCCGUCCUCGCCGCCGGCGUCCCGGACGCCGCCCUCGCCGCGCAGGGCGGCGGGCGGAUCGGCGGAGGCGGCUUCUCCGCCUCCCGCAUGCGCUCGUACGCCCCGCCGCCGUCGUCCGUGCCCCGCGGGGGCUAUUCCUCCUACGCCGCCCCCCCGGUGGUCCCCUUCUUCGCGCCAUCCCCCUUCUUCUUCUUCGGCCCCUCCGUGGCCUUCGGCGGCGGCGGCGGCGGCGGCGGGAUCUUUAAUCUCCUGCUCAUUGGGAUCGCGAUCUGGUUCGUGUCGCAGUCCGUGAUGGGGUUUCUGAGCCAGUCGGCGGAGGAGGACGUGUGGCAGGAGACGCAGCGCAGCAGCGUGGUGCGGCUGCAGGUCGGGCUGCUGGGCACGGCGAGGCGGCUGCAAAGGGAUCUGGACCGGAUUGCGGACCGUGCGGAUGCGAGCACGCCGGAGGGCCUCCAUUACAUACUUCAAGAAACCGUGCUUGCCCUGCUGCGCAACCCUGACUACUGCAUAUAUGGCUUCUCCUCCUCUGAGGUGAAUAACGAUUCGUACGCGGGCGAGGCGGCGUUCAACCGCAUGAGCAUGGAGGAGCGGAGCAAGUUCAAGGAGGAGACUCUUGUCAAUGUGGAUGGCAUGAGGCGGAGAGUCGUGCGCAACCCCAGCCAGAACCGCAUGAACUCCGAAUACAUUGUGGUGACGGUGCUGGCAGCAGCAGAGGGCACAUUUCGCCUGCCUGAAAUCAAAUCUGCCAGCGACCUGAGGGAAGCCCUCACUCGGCUCGGCUCUGUUCCCGCUGACGAGCUUCAGGCUGUGGAGGUGCUUUGGACGCCUCAAGAUGAUGAAGAUACUCUCACAGAGCGUGACUUGCUUUCAGACUUCCCUCGUCUCCGCCCCCUGUGAUUGAAAAUGGGCCUGUCACACAAGUGUUGAGCUAUACUCUAGGGACUACUAGUGGCCCUCAGUGCUUUUUUAUUAGGCUGUCAGUUGUUAGGGUGUUAGGCAGUUUCUAGUUGUCCCACUUCAGUACCGUUGUGUGUAUAUCUCGAGGGAAUUGAGGUGGAGGUGGUUUUGAAUCUGGUAUUGAAGUUACAGUGAAAGUACAAAAAGUUCUACCU